CUCAGUGCCCUUUCACCAAUACAACGAGUGUGUCUUACUACUCAAAGGAAAACACAACGCGUUAUAAAAUUAAACAAGCUUUAUCAGAAUCCGCCUUUACGCUAUUUUAUCGUGCUGGUUAGCGGCCUGGAUAAAACUUGGAAGCUAGCAAGUUGACGCUACCUAAGCAAACGUUAAUAUAACGUCAUUUCCCUUCCGGUUUUAACGGUUAAACCUGAGAGGUGUUAAACCAACCGACAAUCCAAAGAUAUUGUGCACAGUCGUUGUUUCCCGUCUGAGCGGCGUGUGGACGACACCAGGGGCCGGUUGAUUUAUUGAGGUGGACGUGACGCCAAAUUUAAAGUAGCAGGCAGCCGGAGGGGGAUUGCCCCUCAGUUGAGCGUUAAGCUAGCACGCUAACACGCGGCCAAGGAAAGGUUUGCGAUUUUGUUCACUCAGUCUUCAUCUGAUCACUAAAACCCGUCAGAUUCAGCUCCCCGCGGGUCUCAGUGAGCCCACCACUCCAUGCCCUCUGCGUGGAUGGGAAGUAGUUAGCCAGUGGAGCCGAAGAGGUAACCAGGUCCUGUUCAACAUGGAGGAUGAAGAGGUUGCAGAGAGCUGGGAAGAGGCAGCGGACAGCGGGGAAAUUGAGAGAAGGCUUGAGGCUAAGCUGAAAAUAAACGAGGAGGCAAAGAAAUCCAGCUUGGGUUCGAGUGGCUCUCCUGUUCGAACUGCUAUUGUAAUCCAGGAUGACUCUCUGCCUGCAGCACCCCCACCACAAAUUCGAAUUUUGAAACGUCCUUCAAAUAACGGUACUGCUGGAAACUCUGUGUCCUCGGCUCGUCCUUCUCAGCAGAUGAAGUCUUUGGCCCAGCGGGAGGCAGAGUAUGCAGAAGCCCGGCGGAGGAUUUUGGGUAGUGCUUCUUCUGAUGAUACUCCUCAGGACAAUCCGUGCCAGGACAGGCCAGCUCGUGUGAGUGCGCAGCAACCUUCAGAACCAGUUCGUCCAAACAAUCAUGUGAUCCGCCAGCCCACUGGCCCAGAUGGCACCUCAGGCUUCCGACUCUGCAGAUAAACACGAGCUACCUACUAAGGGAAUCAGCUGUCUCCCUGAGAGGGCAUGAAGGGUGGCAGUUGAAGGGGUUGUGUGUGGUUUAAAGAGCAGAGGGGUCGAAUGACACAAAUAUUUGACAGACAUUAUAAAUAUGAAGACGUAGCAUCGGUUGAAAUGAACUUGUCCACCCUCUCUCUACUCUGCUUACUGGCAUGGUCUUUGCCUUUCGCCUUGUCUCUUCCUUCGGUGGAGCAUGGCAAGGGGCUGGCAGAGAUCAGCCAAAAAUCUGAAACCCCUUCUGUUCCACGCUGUGGACAGGCUCUCGUCUCACUUCCCUACACACUGUGAUACUUUAAUGUACCGUGAGGUGCCCUAUGAUUUUAAGUAUGAUUGGCCGGCCCAGCGCCAGGGCAUCAGGUGUCUGUGUCUUCAGGGAGAAUGAGGAGAGCUCGUGAGAACGUCUCCGAGCACGUCUCCGAGAAUUCCCCGGAGACGUGCAAACGAAUGAGCUGGCCUUUCCACUGAUGGAGCGUGGAUCAUGGCUGGGUGUCCACCAGGUAGCUGGCCUCAGUUUGUUGGGUUCAGUGGAAAUUAAGCUUGAGUGCAAGGUUAUAGAAAGUCCAGCUGAGUAAAAGUGUGUUUUAAUACUAUAGUUGCAUAACAAUGGCAGCGGCCCAGACCAGCACUUUCCACAGCCCACAGGCCUCUUUGGCAGGGGUGGCUAUGAAAGAAAUGCCUGGUGGGCACACAGCCUGUGGCCAAAGAUUAUAGAUCAGAAGGAUAGAAUGUCACAAAAUCUUAGCUUAUUCAAGCAAUAAUAAUGAAUUCACUCCCUGGAUUAUUUUUUACAUAUUGCCUAAUUACCUGUGCUGUGUUUCAAAUUAUCUUUUGUUUUAAACAGGUUACAUUGUUUCUUCAUGUUAUGUUUAGGUCAGGAGAUUGGUAGUGUAUCAGAGAUUAGGUGAUGUAGCUCAUGUAGGAAACUUUAUUAGUAGUAUCAUAUUCAAUUUUAUCAAAUUUGAAAAAGUCAUGAAUUGAAAAUCUAUAGUUACUGUGCAUAUAAUUCCCUGUGUGUGCUGCCUGGUGGUUUCUAAUCAGAUUAGCUAAAUUGAAACUUCUCUUACAGCCAACUGCACUGCAUCUGUCUAGAAAAGAAGACUGUGUGACUCUUUCUGCAUUAGUUGGAGUAUAUUGACUGAUUUGGUUUGCAAAUUCUUCAGAAAUAACUAUUAGAUGGCCAGCAUGGAGGAUGAUAAAGCCACAUGACAAAUGUUUUAUCUUGAAAAUGAUUAAGUCAUUGAAUGAUGAAUUUUGCAGUGAAAACUACUAAAAUUAUCUUUCAAUCAGCGUCCUGUAGAAUGAAGCCAAAUUCCACUGUCUGGUUUUGACGAUUGUCUUUCCUGUGGAGUUUUCACACAAAUGGAUUUUACACCAUGGUUUGGGUUUUUUUGCCACUGAUUGAAAAUAAAAGUUUGCAAAACAUGGAAUCGAUAACCUCAUCAAAUACUGAUGAGUUACGAGUACUGAUAGUCACUGACAGGUUCACAGCACUUGUAUGCCUUAAAUGAUCCCUGGUUACAUAUGUACACUUCCCAGUGGGUAGUGCUUGUUAGUUUUGUGCUUUUUUUGUGUACUUGUGAUAGUUUCAUCAUCUCAUUGAGGCACAGCUUAUAGCUGCAAUCGGCAAGAGUUUUAGGCAAAUACAAAACCACACACAGAGUGUGCAAUAAUGCUUUUCUUACAGAAGUGUUUCAUGACCAUACUUCGACCAUAAUUUGUCAAAAUAAUUUCCGGUGUUGGAAGAACUUAAAUGAAUUGAAACUAUUAUUAACCGUAAAUUAAACAAAUUGCUUUUGACAAAGCAGAAAACUUAUUAAUAUGGCUAAAGCUGCUGCAUUUGUACCAGUUAUUCCGUCACUCUAGCUAGCACUAGAGUGCAUCGUUGACUAAUGCCUGGGAGUUGAAGUUAUCUUUUGUUGCUAUUUGAUGACAGCAGUAUAAGUUAUCCUUUGCAGUUCUAACAUCUCAAUAUGUUUCUUUUAUGAGAUAACAUACACUGUUCGGAGGGGAUGGCAUGCACUGUUGUAAACUGGAUUUGGACUUAGAGCAUCAAGGAUACUUGCCUGUAAUACAGUUUCCCCAUAUCAGGUUCAGUUAUUGACAUUAAAGGGAUUUGUAAUCCUUUCAGAUUGAUAAGACCCAUGCUGUUCCUAUGUGAUCAUUCACAGCCACCUGUCUAGUUUUGAUGUAUUUUGAAACUUGAAAAACACAAAUGACAUUUGAAUACCCUUUAAUAAACACACUUCAAGAAGA